ACGGCCAGCUAUCUAGGUGUCUUAAUCGCUCGGCUCUCCACUUCUCUCGCCUAGUUCUGCUCUUCUUCCUCAUUCCCUCCCUCCCUCUGUCUCCUCAUCCUCCUCCUCCUCAUACCCUCCCCCUAAGUUCGAUGUGAUCGGCUCUUGGCCCUGCCGUGAGUUCUCAGUGCGGGCGACAGCGCUGCUGAACAUGGCGUCAGACGGGAUGAUUUUAACAAACCACGACCACCAAAUCCGUGUCGGAGUCUUGACAGUGAGUGACAGCUGUUUUAGGAACCUGGCAGAGGACCGCAGUGGAAUCAACCUCAAAGAUCUGGUGCACGACCCCUCCCUGCUGGGAGGCUUUAUUUCAGCCUAUAAGAUCGUGCCAGAUGAAAUUGAUGAGAUUAAGGAGACUCUGGUGGACUGGUGUGAUGAGAAAGAACUCAAUCUCAUCUUGACAACCGGGGGAACCGGCUUCGCUCCCCGUGAUGUCACACCUGAGGUAAGUGUGCGUGUCUGUCUGUCACCUAGCAAUUGUACCUUGCUGUGUUACCCAGUCACAGGUUUUCUUUCUUCUUUGUCUACUGCCUCUUAUCUGCACCGGCUCCCCUUGUCUCGACGGAAACUGUAACAUGCAGAUCCAAAAUGACAAUGGGUGGUGUGUGUCACUGAGAGGGGAAAGGAGUGGAGUGUGAGGGAAGGGGAUGGAGGAGCCUCCAUAGCUGAUUAGUACAGCCACACACAGGGCUGUCUGUCCACUACUGUUACUAAUGGCUCUCAGAAGUACCACUGGAGUCCCUUCAUUUAUCACCACUGAGACACUUGUGGGUUGGUUGAAGACACAUACUCAGUAAUAUGGUAUAUGAUAGCACUGUGUGUGUCUGGACGUGUUUGGCUCUUCUUGUGGGGACCAGAAGUCCCCACAACAAUAGUAAACCAACUAUUAGUCGCCAUGAGGUCAAAUGCUAUUUCUAGGGGGUUUGGGGUUAAAGUUAGAAUUAGUGUUAGAAUGAUGUUCGUUUUAGGGUUGGGGUUAGUAGCUAGGGUUAGUUUUAGGGUUAGUGUUAGGGUUAGGAGCCAAGGUUAAGGUUAGGUUUUGGGGUUUAGGGUUAAGGUUAGGGUUAGGGUCAGAGUAUGGGUUAAGGUUAGGUUUAGGGUUAAGGGUUAGGUUUAGGGUUAAGGUUAGGGUUAGGGUAAGAGUGUGGGUUAGGGUUAGGUUUAGGGUUUAGGGUUUAGGGUUAGAGGUUAGGGUUAGGGUUAGGUUUAGGUUUAGGGUUAAGGUUAGGUUUAGGGUUAGGGUUAGGGUUAAGGUUAGGUUUAGGGGUAGGGUUAGGGUUUAGGGUUAAGGUUAGGUUUAGGGUUUAAGGUUAGGGUUAGGUUUAGGGUUGAGGUUAGGGUUAGGGUUAGGG